AUGUCCUUCCCAUUAGUCUGUUUAGGUAACCCUCUUUUAGAUCUUCAAGUCGAAGUUGAUGCUGACUACCUUAAGAAGUACGAUCUUAAGGAAAACGAUGCUAUCCUCGCCGAAGAAAAGCAUCUCCCAAUCUAUAAAGAAAUCAUUGACAAGGAAGGUUUAGUCCAAAUUGCUGGUGGUGCUGCUCAAAACACCGCCAGAGGUGCUCAAUACAUCUUACCAGAAAACUCCGUUGUCUACUUUGGCUCCGUUGGUAAGGAUGUGUACGCUGACAAGUUAAACGAUGCUAACAAGCAGUACGGUUUAACCACCAGAUACCAAGUUCAAGACGACAUUGCCACCGGUAAGUGUGCCGCUUUGAUUAACGGUGUCCACAGAUCCCUUGUCACUGAUCUUGCUGCUGCUAACCACUUCAAGGUCGACCACUUGGAAAUCCCAGAAAACUGGGCCAUCGUUGAAGCCGCCAAGUACUACUACAUUGGAGGAUUCCACUUGACUGUUUCUCCACCAGCUAUCAUCAAGCUCGGUCAACACGCCGCUGCCACAAACAAGGUUUUUGCCUUGAACUUGUCCGCUCCAUUCAUUGCUCAAUUUUUCAAGGACCCAUUGGACCAAUCCAUCCCAUAUGUUGAUUUCUUGAUUGCCAACGAAACUGAGGCCGCUGCCUAUGCUGAAUCCCAUGGUUUGGACACCACUGACGUUGCUACCAUUGCCAAGCACAUUGCUCAAUUACCAAAGGAAAACACUGCCAGACCAAGAGUUGUGGUUUUCACUCAAGGUAUUGACCCAACCAUUGUUGUUUCCUACGACUUCAACUCCAAGGAAAUCCAAUCCAACGAAUACCCAGUCAGACCUUUAGCCAAGGAACAAGUUACUGACACCAACGGUGCUGGUGAUGCAUUUGCCGCUGGUUUCAUUGCCGGACUUGUGCAAGAAAAGACUAUCCCUGAAUCUGUCGAUGUUGGUCAAUGGGCUGCUGCCUUAUCUAUCCAAGAAGUUGGUCCAUCUUUCCCAUUCCCUAAGCAAACUCACGCUUAG